AGUGAGAGAGAGAAGGAGCGAGAGAGGGGGGAAGAUCACAUGGCAUGAUAGUACCAAUUUGGCAAGAUAUGACGCGUGCCUGGCGCGAGAGAAAGAGAGGGCUAGAGGUGUAGGCGUUUCACAAGCGAGCGAAAGGGAGGGAAGCACUUCUAACCCCUAAGUCACCCCUGCUCCUCGGGGAGAUCCUUUGGCCGGGCUAUGGUAAUAGCUGCAAGGAUCCUGGGGCCAAGGGUCAUUUGCGGGCCAUUUACACAAACUUGGUCGGAACGGCGGUGAAAAUAUUUGUAGAACGCAUCUCGCGGGGGUUGACCAUAGUGGCUCUGGAUCCGAUCGGAUCGGUUCAGUUGCAUCGAAACUUUCAAGCCGCGCGGAUCCGCCAUGAGCUACUACUACUCGUCUGCCUCCGAGGAGGAUGGCAGUUCCCAGUACCUGGGCAGUCCCAACUACAACUUGACCCAGUUGCCAGUUUCUGCCCAGGAUUACGGACAGGCGGCCUACCUAUCGCCGGAAUGGCAAUUCCUAGAUGCCACAGGCGGAGCACAAACGGAACUAGGACCCAUCAUGGAGGUGCAAGGACAGUCGACACAGCAGCAGACCACCAAACGACGGAGUAACAGCUCCACGGGAUCGGACGCCAGGAAGAGCAGCCCAGAGCAGACCAAUCUCAGUCCCACCGUCCAGAAGAGGAGACGACAGGCAGCCAAUGCGCGGGAAAGAAAGCGAAUGAAUGGAUUAAACGCGGCUUUCGAGCGGCUAAGGGAAGUGGUGCCCGCUCCCUCCAUCGACCAGAAGUUGUCCAAGUUCGAGACUCUCCAGAUGGCCCAAUCCUACAUCCUGGCACUGUGCGAUCUCCUGAACAACGAUGACGUGGAAGUGGAUGCCGCUGCAUACACAAUCUUCGGCGACAGCGAUAGUGGAUUUGGAUUGAGCGGAGGAUCGUUGUCCUAGCUGCAGAUACUAGACUUAAGUUAUGUGAUUUUCUUCUUACUGUAGAUUAAGCUAAAUAUGUAAUGAAAAUAAAUGAAUGAAUUAAAUCCAAAACCAAAUUUUUGAUAA